AUGAUGCUCAAGAUCACCAAGCGAUUUCGUUUCUCCGAUUUUGAUAAGUAUAGAAAGGGGAAUGGAAAGAAGUUCUCCAAGGCGUUCAAGGACAUGGUGGCUUCUUGUCUAGACCAAGAUCCUUCCAAAAGACCCACAGUGAUAAGUUGCUUGAAACACCCCUUCUUUAAAAGCCAUGAGGGGGAGCAUGAUGAUGAUGAUGAUGAAGAAGACCCUGCCAUGCUGGUGAAGGAGAGAAGGAUCAGCGGGUGGAACUUCAACCAAGACGGGUUGGAGCUUGAUCCUGUGUUCCCAAACGAUGAUGCGGUGGCAAAAGAGGUUGCGUUUGGAAGGGAAGCGGGUACCCAACAAAUGGGGGAGCAUGUUUAUGUUGGUGGUGGUGCAGCAGCAGCAAGCAUAGCGGGUGGUGGUGGCGUGAAGAAGGAAAAGAUGUUGGCGUGA